UGUCCUUGCAGAUUCAUGAGGAUGAGGACCUGGUUUCCACCCACACUUUUGGACCUGGCAGUCCAGAGUCUGCUGAGGGACAAGAACUUGGUGAUCCGGGCUCUGGAGGAACUUCCCAGGGAGCUCUUCCCACCGCUUUUCAUGGAGGCUUUCACCAGGGGACACACUGAGGUCCUGAAGGCCUUGGUGCCAGCUUGGCCUUUCCCCUGCCUCCCUCUGGGGGUCCUGAUGAAAAUGAGAAACACAGAGAUCGCCCAAACUCAGCUGAACAUUUUCCGGCUGCCAGCAUGGGACCUGCAGUUCUUUCAAGCUGUGCUGGAUGGGCUUGAUGUGCUGCUGGCUCAGAAGGUUCGCCCCAGGAGGUGGAAACUGCAAGUAUUGGAUAUGCGGAACAUGCACCUAAACUUCUGGAGGGUCUGGGCUGGAAACUUGGAGGACCUUGGUUCCCCAGAGGUCACAUGGAGGAGAGAAAUGAAGAAGGAUGGGCCAAAGUUGGCAGAAAAGCAGCCUCUAAGGGUGCUCAUAGACCAGGACCUCUGUCUGGAAUGCCAGGAUCCAUCUUUACACUUUCUCUUCAAGUGGGUCCAGGAGAGGAGGGGUUUGGUGCAACUGGAGUGGAGAAAGCUGUACACUGAUGCAGCUGCUCCCCUAACAACAGUGAAAUUUCUGGAAAUGGUGGUCUUUGGAUGUAUGGAGUAUGUGGAAGGUCAUCGCUUUUGGGUACUCUGUAUUGUUUGUUUUUUUUGUUUCUUUCUUUUGGUUCUUUUUUUUUAAGAACUGAAUUGGCUUUGUUUUCAUUUUUUUAAUCAAAACUUUUCUUGGUACAUUUUAGAUGUCCAUAAUGAUUACAAUCAUGAUUAGAAAUUUGUACCGGUACAUGACAUAUUUUGCUUCUUUUUUCCCAUUCCCACACCCUUCAACCCCUUUCCUGCUCCUUAUUUAAAAAAGCUUUAUUUCCAGUUUUUUCUUCUGUUCUUGUCCCUUCUUUCUUUUCCCUCUCCCCCCUUUCUUGUUCAUCUUUUCAUUUGAACAUUUUCUUCCCAUUUCCCAAUAUGUAUCAUACAUUUUGGUCCUUAUUUCCACUUUCAGUUUUUUACUGCAGAGAAACAAUGCAGUAUUAAACAAGUGUGUCUGCUGGGUGUGGUUUCAUAUGUCUGUAAUCCCAGUACUUGGGAGGCUGAAGCAGGAGGAU